AUGACUGAAGUACUUGAAACAAUUAUUAUCGACAAUGGAUCUGGUUUCUGUAAGGCCGGUUUAACUGGUGAUGAUUUACCUCGUUGUGUUAUUCCUUCUGUCGUUGGAAGGCCAAAGAAGAAUUUGCCAGCAGGCAUUGCCAUUGCUGAUGCUGGUACUGGAAACGAAAAUCAUCGUCGACGUGAUGCCUAUGUGGGUGAUGAAGCUCUUUCACAGAGAGACAUUCUUUUUUUAGAGUAUCCUAUUCAAUAUGGUGUUGUUACCAGUUGGGAGGAUAUGGAAAAGAUCUGGCAUCACACCUUCUACAUUGAAUUGAGAGUUGCUCCUGAGGAACAUCCAAUCUUGUUGACUGAAGCUCCUUUUAAUCCAAAAGCAAAUAGAGAGAUGAUGAUUCGAAUCAUGUUUGAAACUCACUCAGUCCCAGCUGUGUAUAUUGCCAUUCCAGCGGUCUUGUCCUUGUAUGCAUCCGGUCGCACCAAUGGUAUGGUCAUUGAUUGUGGUGAUACUGUUGCUCAUACGGUUCCAGUUUAUGCAGGUCAUGCUCUCACUCAUGCAGUGUUGACAUUUAAUUGGGGUGGUAGAGAUGUGACGGAUUGCUUGAUGAAAAUUCUCUCAGAACGCAAUGGUUACUUGUUUCCAACUCAUGCAGAUAUAGCAAUUGCAGUGAAAGACAUUAAGGAAAAAUUGUGUUAUGUUGCUCUCGAUUUCGAUGAAGAGAUGAUGAAAGCAGCAAGUAGCAUUGAAAAGGUCUAUGAAUUACCUGAUGGAAAUACGAUCGUUCUGGGCAAUGAAAGAUUCAUAUGUACCGAAGCAUUGUUCCAACCUGUCUAUUUCGGAUCUAAAUCAUCUGGACUUCAUGAAAACACUUUCACCUCCAUUCAUAGAUGUGAUAGGGAUAUUAGACAAGAGUUGUAUCGAAACGUCAUCUUAUCUGGUGGUUCAACAAUGUUCGAGGGUAUGACUGAGAGAAUAACAAAGGAAUUGGUUUCUAUGGCUCCUUCUUCUAUGAGGAUUAAUGCUAUUGCACUACCAGAACGUCAUUAUGCUGCUUGGAUUGGAGGUUCACUAUUGGCUUCUUUGCCUACUUUCCAAGAAAUGUGGGUAACUCGGGAAGAAUAUGAAGAAGUUGGUGCAUGUAUUGUGCACAGAAAGUUCUUUUAA